UCUUCUCAGGUUCAAAAGUCUCUCUGUGGUUUUGUUUCCUCUUUCUCCUUCAAAGUAAAAACUACAAUGGCAGCGGCAACAACAACAUCUUCUUCGAUCUCCUUCUCCAAAAAACCUUGUCAUCUCUCAUCUUUCAAAUCUCCAUUACCCAUUUCCAGAUUCUGCCUUCCAUUUUCCCUAAAUCCCCACAAACCCUCCUCCCGUCGCCGCCGUCCUCUCUCCUGCUCCGCCGUUCUCAACCCACCCGUCAAUGUCUCCUCCGCAUCUACUUAUCCGGCGAAACCCAUCACUAACCCUAAAUUCGCCUCCCGAUACGCUCCCGACGAGCCUCGCAAGGGCGCCGAUAUCCUCGUGGAAGCCCUCGAGCGUCAAGGCGUCGAUGUCGUCUUCGCAUACCCAGGAGGCGCAUCAAUGGAGAUCCACCAAGCCUUAACUCAAUCCUCCACAAUCCGCAACGUCCUUCCUCGUCACGAGCAAGGAGGAAUCUUCGCCGCCGAGGGCUACGGGACUGUGUACGCUAAUUACUCUGUUGAACAUAGUGAUCUGUUGCUUGCUUUUGGUGUUAGGUUUGAUGAUCGUGUCACUGGAAAGCUCGAGGCUUUUGCCAGCAGGGCUAAGAUUGUUCACAUAGAUAUUGACUCGGCUGAGAUUGGGAAGAACAAGACGCCUCAUGUGUCUGUGUGUGGAGAUGUUAAGCUCGCUUUGCAAGGGAAGAACAAGGUUCUUGAGAACAGAGCAGAGGAGCUCAAGCUUGAUUUCGGAGUUUGGAGGAGUGAGUUAAACGAACAGAAACAGAAGUUCCCGUUGAGCUUCAAGACGUUCGGUGAAGCUAUUCCUCCACAGUACGCGAUUCAAGUCCUCGACGAGCUAACAGAUGGAAAGGCGAUUAUCAGCACUGGUGUUGGUCAACAUCAAAUGUGGGCUGCGCAGUUUUACAAGUACAGGAAACCAAGACAGUGGCUAUCAUCAGGAGGACUCGGAGCUAUGGGUUUUGGACUUCCUGCUGCGAUUGGAGCCUCCGUUGCGAACCCUGAUGCAAUCGUCGUUGACAUUGAUGGAGAUGGAAGCUUCAUAAUGAACGUGCAAGAGCUGGCCACAGCCCGUGUAGAGAAUCUUCCGGUGAAGGUACUUUUGCUAAACAACCAGCAUCUUGGCAUGGUUAUGCAAUGCGAAGAUCGGUUCUACAAAGCUAACAGAGCUCACUCGUAUCUCGGGGACCCGGCUAAUGAGAACGAGAUAUUCCCCAACAUGCUGAAGUUUGCAGAAGCUUGCGGAGUUCCUGCUGCGAGAGUGACGAGGAAAGAACACCUCAGAGAGGCUAUUCAGACAAUGUUGGAUACGCCAGGACCGUACUUGUUGGAUGUGAUUUGUCCGCACCAAGAACAUGUGUUACCGAUGAUCCCAAGUGGUGGUACUUUCAAUGAUGUCAUAACGGAAGGAGAUGGUCGAACAAAAUACUAAGAGAUGGAACCUAUUGAAGGUUAUCAUCAAAGAUGAUUAAGCUCAGAAUCAAAACGAUAGAGAAAAAAAUUAAGAAAGAAAGAAUAUCAUUAUCUUUGUUAAUCUGUACAAUUAGUUCAUCACUCUCUUAUAUACAAAUUACAGUAAACCAA